GGAGUAAAGACGUGGAGCUAUGGCUAACGAGCCGAUAUUACGUCGAUAACAACUUACAUACAAGAAGACAUAAAUAACAAAUAAGUGAACACUAUACUAGUUAUUAAUGAUACUUCACUGUACUCACGUGGUCACUUUAUUUCUGAUAAACAUUAUACGCAAUGAGUUUGAAGUGUAAAUUUGUGAAUCUGAUGAGACAAUGCCUGGUAAUCGCUGGAGUGAUGGUGCACAGUUUGGUGCUUGACUUCAGCGACAUACUACUGCCGCCAUUACACCAAGACCCCAACAUGAAUAUUUAUAUCGAAUCCUGGAUAGAGUCGAUCAACGGACUGUCAUUUUUCCCGGGCGUGAUGAUAGGUCCCUUCAUAAUGAGGAAAUAUGGACGACGAAAGACAAACCUUGUCAGUGCGAUCAUAAUGAUAAUCGCUUGGUCUUGUAUUUUUGCAACUUCAUAUGUAAAUUUAAUAUUAGCAUCAAGAUUCCUUCAGGGUAUAGCAUUAGAUCUAUCUAGUAUGUCAGCAACCGUAUUAAUAAGUGAAUACACUACUCCAAUAUACAGAGGUGCUUUUUUAUCUGUAAUGACAUUGACUCUGCUGCUUGGAGGUUUAAUAGCAUAUAUGAUAGGAUCCUUCUUAAUUUGGAAUCAAGUAGCGUUAUUUUGUUUAUCCAUAGCAAUAUUAGAUGCAAUAAUUAUAACCAUAUCACCAGACACUCCAGUUUUUCUAGCCACAAAUGCUAGAUAUGAUGAGUGCAGAAUGGUCUUCCACUGGCUAAGAGGUUUUGAUGAAAAAGACGAAUUAGAUGCUAUGAUUAAAGCUGCUGUAAUAAAAAAAUCUAUAAAAUGUGAACCAAAUAAGAGUAGUUUAAAAGAUAAAGUACUGCAUGUUAUAAGUUUUAUAAAGAGACCAGAUUUUUACAAACCUCUGAUUAUAAUGUUGCAUUCAGAUAUAUUAGAAUUGUGGUGUGGAUAUAUGAUAAUAGAAACAUACGCGAUAGAUAUACUUACCAUGUUAUUGGGUGACGAUAUUAAUGUACCCACUAAUAUUAUGAUCAUAGAUGUUUUAAGGAUUAUAUUCUGUUUAUGUGCAAUACCAAUACAUACAAAAAUAAACAGGUGUACUGCAUUAAAACUAUUCAUUGGUUUGAAUGUAUUAAGCUACAUGUUCCUAUCAGGUUAUGCGUAUUUGAAAGAGCAACAUUUCUUCAAAGAUUUUAUUGUAGGUUCCUCACUAUUGUACUUACUUGUAUUUUCAUUCUCGGCUGGAUCUAUACCAUUAGUGUGCACAGUAUCUAGUGAAAUAUUUCCUUUAGAAUAUAAAGAAGUAUCUACUAUGAUAACAACACUGUUCGCAUCUUUAAAUAUUACAUUAAAAAUUAAAACGUUUCCAUACUUAAUCGAGGCAAUAGGAAUGCAUGGAACAUUUUUAAUGUAUGCCAUACUGUUAACCUACGCGUUGAUAGUUACAUAUUGUAUGUUACCGGAAACAAAAGAUAAAACUCUGCAAAAUAUAGAGGAAGAGUAUUGGAUAAAACCUUCUCAGGAGACUAAUUCACAGAUACAGAACGAGGAAUGCCUACAUAUCUGUAAUUCUUUAUCUCUUAUUGAUUAA